AUCGCCGGUAAACAGUUAGGUCUGUGCUGUAAUUAAUUCAGUGUCUCUUUUAAUCAAACUGGAAAAGAAUCGGGCCGCGGGUUGUGGAGCCGUGACAUCACCCCCAAAAUUGGCCCGAACCAAUCAGCGUCAUCACUCCGGGGACACGUGGGAAGGGGGGGUGGCGGCGAAGGCGCGCGGAGGACAGGGGCCCUCGGGCCGUUCUUCUACCCUUUGGCUCUCCCCGACUUGGCGCGCCCUCCUCCCAUUCCUCCCUGACACUCCCACCACCACCCCCCCCCUCGGCUCGGCGGCUCGGUGCGGUGCUGCAGAAGACGCGUUGAGCCCUUUUGGAUGUAAUGCGCAGAGGCGGUUGGCCCAGAGCUCCCGGGCUCCCCCAAGGCUGAACUCCGUCCAAGGUGCCCACAGGCUCCCUGCCCGCCUUCCCCAUGCCAGCCCGCAGCUAGGGGCAGGGGCAGCGGCGGCUGGGGUUGGGGGUGGGUGGGGAGCUUUUGGGGAGGACAGGUCGCAGCUUGGCUAUGGAAGGCUCCAAUGGCUUUGGGAUUGACUCCAUUCUCUCCCACCGAGCGAGCAGCCCCGCCCUUCCCAAGGGGGACCCCUUGCUUGGGGACUGCCGUUCACCCCUGGAGCUGAGUCCACGCUCAGAGAGCAGCAGCGACUGCUCUUCGCCAGCCUCGCCCGGAAGAGACUGUCUGGAGACCAGUACCUCGCGGCCUGGUGCAGCAUCUGGCCCAGGUUUGGACUCCCACCUGCAGCCGGGGCAGCUUUCAGCCCCGGCCCAGUCGCGAACUGUCACCUCCUCCUUUCUGAUCAGGGACAUCCUUGCUGACUGCAAACCUCUCGCGGCCUGUGCACCCUACUCUAGCAGUGGGCAGCCUGCAGCCCCUGAGCCUGGGGGUCGCCUUGCGGCCAAGGCCGGGGAGGACUUUCGAGACAAGCUGGACAAAAGUGUCAGCAGCGCUUCAUCCGACUCUGAGUACAAAGUGAAGGAGGAAGGCGACCGCGAGAUCUCCAGCUCUCGGGACAGUCCCCCGGUGCGCCUGAAAAAGCCACGCAAAGCGCGGACCGCCUUCACCGACCAUCAGCUGGCGCAGCUGGAGCGUAGCUUCGAGCGGCAGAAAUACCUGAGCGUGCAAGACCGCAUGGAGCUAGCCGCCUCGCUCAACCUCACCGACACGCAGGUCAAGACCUGGUACCAGAACCGCAGGACUAAAUGGAAGCGACAGACGGCCGUGGGGCUGGAGCUGCUAGCGGAGGCAGGCAAUUACUCGGCGCUCCAGAGAAUGUUCCCGUCGCCUUAUUUCUACCCGCAGAGUCUCGUUUCCAACCUGGACCCCGGCGCCGCACUCUAUCUGUACCGCGGACCCAGCGCGCCGCCACCUGCCCUUCAGAGACCUCUGGUGCCCCGCAUCCUCAUACACGGACUCCAGGGCGCCAGCGAGCCGCCCCCACCGCUGCCCCCGCUGCCCGGUGUCCUCCCACGCGCCGCGCAGCCCCGGUGAAGCUCCCGCUUGUCCUAAGCCAUGCUCUGGGACCCUCAGCUCAGGCUGGGCGCCGGUCCCUCCCUUCGCCCCGCCUCGGGCAGGGCUGCCGGGCUCCCCGCUGCCGCCCAGUGUCCCCGUGUGGGAGAAACUCACUGAGGCUACCCUCCCCUAAGUCCUCUCCCUUGACUGCUCCAUCCAGGAGCCAGUUACACCCGCCAGAUGUACAUAUGCGCCCCUGCCCACCUCUCACUCACCCUCGGGGCCCUGCGGGCUUCCCCAGGUGCCCCCUGUCCCCUCAGCAGCAGGUAGGGGACGCCGGUGUCCCAGGCCUGGGUCCACCCUUCUUGAACCUCUGCGGGUGGGAGCGCAGUACGGAGCUUCCCUCCCAUUUCCUUUAUUCUCCCUGAGCCCCAGGCUAGCAGCGGAGCUGUACAUACAGUGUGCAAAGUGUAUAUGAAGUUAUUUAUUCGUGACCCAUGAGCCCGUGACCGUGUCCGUGAAUCAGUGAGUCUGUGGCCUGUGCCCCCUCCAUACCGGGUGGAGCAGGAAGGGGCCGAGAGGGCUUUCCCACGCAUCCUGGCCCCUAGCUCCGCUCCCUUCACCCAGGUCCUAGGGCAGCCAGACCUCUUGGGUUCUCUUUUUUUAAAUGUGGAAAUAAACUUCUUACAAAUGAUCAGGCGCCUGUCCGCGCUACCGUCCUUUGGCUCCCGCUCAGGCCUGCCCCACCCCCCCCCCCUUCAUAAAUAACCUCGGCAUCUCUCGAAGUACUGAUCCUUCCAUUCGCAACAAGUUUUGUCUCCCUCUUGUCCCGGUCCCCAGUUUCUGGGUGCUGUAGUCAUGCUUAGGAGACCCGGGCUGGACUCUCCCCGUUCCCACCCUGAGGCUCUCGGCCUUCCCAUCUGAUUCGUCCCGCUUCCACAGGGUCUUGGGGGUCACGGGCGAGCCUAACGCUCGGCCUCCCUCUGCUGCGUGGCAAGCCGCGAAGCACUCACUGAGCCGACUCAUCUGGCUCAGGCCAGGGCGCCGGCAGCUGGUGCCCGGCCCUGCGGGCGCGAGGCAGACAGAUGGACUCCGAGGCUGCUCCCCGUUGCCCCACCCUCCUCGGCCCGGCGCCCUCCACUCUGGCUACCCGCAGCUCCUAGUCUCUAAUGCCUGGUAGGACCCCCACGGGCCAUCGCGAGCUUGACGCCACGUCGGGCAACCCUUUGCUUUCUCUCCAUCCUCCCCCUGUCCCGGUCCUGGGAGAAAUGGGGGGUGGGUGCGAGGGGGCAAAUCACACCACCCGCCUCUGGCUCUGAGAUUUCAGGAGUCAGCCUCCAGAUCACGUUCAAAGGGCCAAGGUCAUCUUCUGACACUGGUCGGUCUCCCGGGAUGUGAGCGCAGGUGCUCCCCCUCCCCCACACCACCUGCAGCACACUAACCUGCGGACGGAAGAAACGCUAGGCAGUUUGGAUACUUGCAAGCCAAGCACCUUCCCAGCAUUUCUGGCCCAACUUUCCCGGCAGUGGAGGGAGGGGGCGUGUUCAGAAACCCCCCCCCCUCCCGCCCCCAACCAUUUUGGCUACUGUUUCCUCCCCACCCCACAGCAUCCCUCACACCCAGGCUUUUCUUUUCUGGGAUGGUGGGGGUAUUAUUCUAAUUUUGCAAAAUGCACAGCAGCUAAUUAAGUCAAGGAGCCCCUCGGCUUUUGAGUUCUUUUGCAUGUGAAUGCGGGUUGGUAAAUCCCUCGAUCUGGCUGUGGUGGGGUGUGAGGGAGAGCAGUCCCCAACUCAGGGUUAAUGAAGUGGGAAAGGAGUCUCUCAUAGCCUCCUGCAAACAAAACCCCCCAAGCAACAAACCCUGCCCAAAUCCUACACGGAUUGACUUAAACCCAGGGGAUAAGUGCUUUAAAUUAAUCUCAUUGAAUAAGAAUGAGACCAAACAAAACUCUUUAAAAUCAUAUUAAAAAUCUAUCAAAGGACAA